CUGCUAGCUCAGCAAUGCCGUUUCCAACUCUCUCUCCUCCUCACUCGUCUUCUCUCAUCGGAUUAUUAUCCAAUCCCAAUCGCCAUUACCAUCUCAGUCCCACUCCCACCGGAAACCAUGAAGAUAAUGGUAUCAUUGAAGCGCGUCGUCGACUACGCAGUCAAAAUCCGAGUCAAACCGGACAAGAGCGGCGUGGAAACCCAGAACGUGAAGAUGUCGAUGAACCCCUUCUGCGAGAUUGCUUUGGAAGAGGCCCUCCGGAUUAAAGAGUCCGGGAUGGCAUCGGAGGUGGUGGCUGUCUCCAUGGGACUAAAACAGUGCGUGGAUACGCUCAGGACAGGGUUGGCUAUGGGCGCCGAUAGGGGAAUCCAUGUGGAGACUGAUGGCCCUCUCUACCCUUUAUCCGUUGCUAAGCUUCUGAGAGCUCUCGUGAAGGUUGAGAAGCCUGGACUUCUUAUCCUGGGCAAACAGGCUAUCGACGAUGAUUGCAAUCAAACAGGGCAAAUGGUUGCAGGGCUUCUGAACUGGCCUCAAGGGACCUUUGCUUCAAAGGUUGUGCUGGAUAAGGAGAAGCAGGUAGUAACAGUAGACAGAGAGGUAGAUGGUGGUCUCGAGACUCUGUGUCUAGAUUUGCCAGCAGUGAUCACCACCGAUCUGAGGCUAAACCAACCGAGGUAUGCAACACUCCCGAACAUAAUGAAAGCGAAAUCAAAGGUCAUAAAGAAGUACACUCCACAGGAUCUGAAUGUGGAACUCAAAUCCGAUAUAGAGCAGGUUCAAGUCACUGAACCUCCCAAGAGAAAAGCAGGGGUUAUCGUUUCUUCCGUAGACGAGCUGAUUGACAAGCUUAAGAACGAAGCCCAUGUCAUUUAACUUUUCUUUCAGUACUUUGCUUCAAAGCCUUGUGCUGAUCAAGCCAUUUCUUCUGACUAAUGAUAACUGCAUUUUAUGGAAAUUUAAAUCUUAAUCCAAAGCUUAAUAAGUUCUUAGUCAUCAUACGACUACGACCUACUAAAUCUUUGAUAUUGUAUAUUUUUACGUUACACUAGGUUGUUCUUGGAGAUGGGGUAUUCUUAAUCCAUUGUGACCUUUCUAG